AUGGAAGCUGAGAAAGGAGACGUACCGUCCAUAGAUAGGAAGGAAGAAGAGAAUCUAUCCCCGUUUGAGCUUCUGCCUCGAGAAAUCAAAGAAAAGAUUCUGGAGAGAGUGAUAGAUGAGACAGCGUGCUUGGAUGAGUUCAAGAAAUUUUGGAGAUUGAAACGGGUGAACAAGGAGUUCAACUCGAUCUUCAGUAGCAGCUAUGCUGAACGUCAUUUUGUCAAAUACCCUUGUUGGAUCGCGAUACACGAUGACAAGCAGACAAGUCAUAAAUCAGGUCGAGCAGUAGCUUUCGUGAAGAUCAGUUACCCGAUCACUCGCAAAGAUAUUUCAUAUACGAAAAUGACUGAAUAUGACGAUAUCCUCAAUAAUGGGGUUAAGUUCGUGUACUCACGUCACAAAAUCUUGUGGGAUAGCAUUUCAACAUUCUUCAGAGCUAAACCGUUUCGCAUAGAUUUAGUUUUUGUUGAUCCUUUGUACGCAACUGAUCAGCUGAUAUCUACUAUCGCAGAGUUAGCUAAUCAAUCUUCCGAAGAAACUACCGUGCUCAUCUUUCCCAGUUGUCGUGACGAUGGUCUCGAUUUCGAUGUUCACGAUGAAGAAGAACUUACUGAUGCUUUUCGUAAAUCCUACAUUAAGAUUGUGGAAGGACUUUUAGAUGUUCACGCAGCUGGGAAAAUUAAACUUCGAUUUGAUAAACAUUUUUUCGACAGCGAACUUCCGGAUGAGUGGUUCUUAUAA